CGUCAUUCUAUCUGUACCCAACCAUGGCGUGCAGCUUCCCGCGAACCAAGUUCGCGACCGCAACACCCCUCGGUACGCUAUUCAGCUCUCCCGCAGCCCAUAAGAAGCGAAUGAAGACCACUGCCCUGCGAACGCUGUACCGAAAUCUCUGCCAUCAGACCCUCCCUUCAUCUACGCCAUCCUCCAUUUCGCGCAACGCAUUCACACUACGACGAUCGAUCCUCGCACCAAGCAGCAGCACCACCACCGCCGCCAGCAAGCUCCUCCACCCUCGUCAGGUUGCUACUAGCACGUUCUCGACGUUUACACACUUGAAGAUGUCCGACGCAGACUACGCGGCGUUCCUGGAUAAGGCGAACCAGGACCCCAACGAGGGGCACGCUACUACGACCAGCAGCAAGAGCAAGGAGUUCAAGGCACAGGACAAGGGCGUCGAGGUGCCCAAGGCCAUUCAGGAUGUGUUGAAGCAAGACAAGGUGUACAUCUCGGACGCGGAUGAGCCGUUUGUCGGCGUCGCGUUGCAGUGGGAUGAGGCUGGCAAGGGUCUGCCCGACGAAGUUGAAUUCGCGCAGCUGAUUGACCACCCCGACGCCGAGAACGCGGACGUGGAGCUCCUCGACCCCGUGGACUGGGACUCGAACGGCGAUUACAAGGACGUCAUCGAGGCGGUCCGCAAGGGGGGCAAGGGCAACGACGUUAGAGUUUACAAGGUGCCAAAGGGCGGUGUCCGGACGGAGUACUGGCUCGUCACGACGGAUGGGAAGGGAAAGGAGGCGAAGCUCGUCGGCGUCAAGGCGCUGUCUGUCGAGAGUUGAGUUUCUCUCCUCCGACUCGCAGCAAGGAUGGAGAACCCGAGUAAAUGUGAGGCGGGACGGAAAGAUAUGGGCCAGCCAGCCGGUCAGCUUGGUCCUCUAACGGUUCGAUGAGCAGUGGCUGAUUUAUACGUAGCAAAAACGCAGCUCAUGUUUGUACAGCAACAUUACCAAUUAUAGCAUCCUGAAAGGGCGUCUUCUUUCUUGCCGAUUUCACU